ACAAAAAGUGAGCAGAAGACAAAAGAAAAAAUUGUUGUAACUGGGUGCUUUUUCCGUUUAAUCACGUACCUGAAGUAGGAGCGAAAUGUUUUCCCUAUUCAGCAAAUAUCGCUUAAAUAUUUUUGAAUACUGUAACCCAUAUUUUAUUCUUUUAUGAGUGGAGAAUUUGCUAAAGUAUAUAUUCAUACGUCAAGAACCUCUAAAUUAGCUUGUUCUGAGUAUGACUGUGCAAUACGAUAUGGAUCAUGAAAACUAACUACCAACUAUGGAACAGAAAGCGGUAGAAUCUCGUUGAGUAAAGUGUGAAAAUCUUCUCUAUGUUUGUCGGUGUUUUUCGAUGAUACAAGAUGAGGAGAGUUUGUUUUUACGUGCACAUUGCAAUGUUUCAUAACUAUUCAAUCAGUCCACGAAUCUCUCUAUACCUAUGAGUGGAAACGAGGAUGACCUAUCUCAUUUGGUUUCCUUUUGUUUUUCAUUUAGAGCGUCCCAAACAUUAUUGAUAGUCAACAGGAGAAUGCCAAUCAUCAAUAUUCGUCUCGUCCACUUCAUAUUACUCAAGAAAAUUUUUCUACGAAUGCUCAGGAACAACAAACAAUUGAAAAUGAAUCUAAUGGUAUUGUUCAUUUCAAUAUUAACGGCGAAGAACAACAGCAGGUGUCACCGAUGCCCUCCACAGUUGAUUUAGAAGAUUCAAUAAGUAUUAAAUCUUUAUCAUCAUCAUCAAAUUCUACAACAAGAAUACCUCAUCAAUACAAUCAUUUUCCAAAUAAUCAAAGAACGUAUCGAAAUGCCACGGGGCAUAUAAGUAAUCGAUAUAAUAAUCGUUAUCAUAACAAUAAUAAAGCCCAAUUUUACACUGGGAUAGAUAUCCACCAAAUGCAUGGUAUGCCAUUAGCAGCUACGAAUGAUAUGAACGGAACAUAUCAUUAUGAAAAUACUAGUAGUUCGACCUCACCAUUUCGACAUAUUCGACGUCAAAAUCAUAUACAUCGUCAUCCACACGAUCAAUUUCAAGAACAACGUUUGUUGCAACAAUUAGCUGUUCAAAAUGCACAACAGGUGAAUGCAUAUUUACAGGCAUUGCGAAUAGCUGCAGUUGCUCAACAGCAACAACAAUCGGCUCAGAUUCAUUUUAACAGCUACGCACAAGCUCAUCCACAAACGCAAUUUGUACUAGUUCCUUACGACAAACAAGCUUAUCAAUCGCAACCUCAAUUAUAUCCGGAUCCAUCA